AUGGCAGGUGUUUUGUUGAGCUCAUUCACAAUUCAAAGUGUACUGUCACCAUUGGUUCAAAGACUUUUACCACAGGCUUUACUUGGUUGGGAUUUUUUAGGAGGGUUCCUUCUUGCUACUCCAAAGAAACGCACCACACAUCGCACAAAGAGAAUAAAACUGGCACCCAAAUGGCUCAAGCCCAUGAAGAAUAUCCAGCAAUGUCCAAUUUGCGGAGCCGACAAACUAAUUCACCAUAUUUGCCCAAAAUGCUUGAAAACCUUGAAGCAAGCUCAGUAG